AUGAAAACCCUCCCGCCGCUGGCCCGGCAAUUUCCCCACUUUUCCCUCCCUCCCUCCGCUCAACCCCACCCCAGCGCCAUGGCCGCCUCCUCCUCCGCCGCCGCCCCCGCCGACACGUACGACAUCCCGUGGGUGGAGAAGUACCGCCCCAGCCGCGUCGCCGAUGUCGUCGGCAACGCCGACGCCGUCAGCCGCCUCGAGGUCAUCGCCCGCGACGGCAACAUGCCCAACCUCAUCCUCUCCGGGCCUCCGGGGACCGGGAAGACGACGAGCAUCCUGGCGCUGGCCCACGAGAUGCUCGGGCCCAGCUACCGCGAGGGAGUGCUCGAGCUCAACGCCUCGGACGACAGGGGGCUUGAUGUGGUGAGGAACAAGAUCAAGAUGUUCGCGCAGAAGAAGGUCACACUGCCGCCCGGACGGCACAAGAUCGUCAUACUGGACGAGGCUGACAGCAUGACAACAGGGGCACAGCAAGCACUGAGAAGAACCAUGGAGAUUUAUUCCAACACCACAAGAUUUGCUCUUGCCUGCAAUACUUCAUCUAAAAUCAUUGAACCCAUCCAAAGUCGCUGCGCUAUUGUCCGGUUCUCGAGGCUUUCAGAUCAGGAGAUCCUUGGCCGCCUUAUGAUCGUGGUUGCUGCUGAGAAGGUCCCUUAUGUGCCAGAAGGUCUUGAAGCCAUCAUUUUUACUGCUGAUGGUGACAUGAGACAAGCUUUGAACAAUUUGCAAGCUACAGUCAGUGGGUUCCGUUUUGUUAAUCAAGAAAAUGUGUUCAAGGUUUGCGAUCAACCACAUCCCUUGCAUGUCAAGAGUAUGGUGAAAAAUGUACUAGAUGGGAAGUUUGAUGAGGCCUGCUCUGGCCUAAAGCAACUCUAUGAUUUGGGCUACUCUCCUACUGACAUAAUCACUACUCUCUUCCGUGUCAUCAAGAACUAUGACAUGGCUGAAUUUCUGAAGCUGGAGUUGCUGAAGGAAACCGGAUUUGCGCACAUGAGGAUCUGUGACGGCGUCGGGUCAUUCCUUCAGCUUUCUGGCCUUCUGGCCAAGUUUGCUCUGGUGAGAGAAACAGCAAAGGCCUAA